AUGAAAGCGUCUUCCUAUUGGGAGCUAGCACCAUCUUAUCCGAUGUCUCCUCUGAUCAACCCAGCUGACCCAUUCAGAGGCGAAGAAUCUUUUCCGAUCCCCAAAACAGAAACCCCUUACUCCUGGGCAAAGCGAGCUGAAUAUAUCGAAAAAAAUUUGGAAAAAGCUGAAUUCUACUAUAAGAUGGCCAUAGCAAAUGGGGAACGUGUAGAAAGUGCCAUAAAGGACCUGGCUGGCAUUUUCCAUCAGCAAGGCAAAACAAAAUCUGCUUGCGACUUGUUGAUGGCUUACCGUCAUUUAUAUAUGAAUGAUAUCGCAAGGUUUGAUAACUUGCUAUUAAGCUUGCAGAAGCAGAUAAUGCCAACUGGAAAUUCGCUUAAUAAAUGCAUAAAAAUCUCAGGUCUUCCUUUAAAUUCAAAUCAAGAAUCAGUAAAAGCUUUAUUUGGUGAUAGCUUCAGAAUUAAAGAAAUUAGGCUGACUGAAGAGCUUUGGCAAGGAAAAAUCGUUAUGAUUGCGUUAAUCGCAUUUGCAAGCCACUCAGCUGCAAGAAAAACAGUGGAGUCGUACAGAUUUACAGAAGGCUAUUGCCUUGAAUGAGCAACACUUGAAGGAGAAGUGGUUGGGCCUAUAAACAUUAAAAAGAAGAACACGGAUUUUUCUUAUUUUGCUGGAGGAAAAGUAGGAAAUCAGCUGCCAGAUGAUGUAUCAGAAUAUACAUAUUUUCCAGAAAGUUCGUUUGCGAAUAGCGAGGAUUUAGUUGAUGAUUUGCUAAUUUUCCAAUCUUUAUUUCUACAAUUUUUUCUUCUUUUUACAUAUAUAGAAUUUCUAAAUUUUAAUUAUAGGAGUUUUCCCUAUAUGGCCCGCUAAGGGCCGUGGGUUCUCCGUGGAAUCCCGCUGCUAGUCAAACCAACUCAGUGCGUUGGUUUGACCAAUUCACUGAUUGGUUCAACCAGCAGAGGGAUUCCACGGAGAACCCACGGCCCUUAUCGGACCAUAUAGGGAAAACUCCUAUAUAAUUUUUGCUUAAAUUAAUUUUUAUUUUAGAUAAAUGAUAGUCUAAUAAAAAUUAAUAGGUUAAUAAUUAAUUAGAUAUAGCAUAAAUCUGAUGAUGGUUGCUUUUAUUAUACUUAGAGAGAGUUAAAUUUUCCAAAUAUUUUUACAUAUAUUGGCCUGGCCAUGGAAAGGGAUUAAGAACUUCUAUAUUAUCAUACAUGGGAUCUGAAUCCCAAGUAGAUUUCUUGAAAAAUCCCAAGUAA